ACCAUCCCCCUUAGGUGUUUUAAAGCCACCCCACACGUCGGUUGUCUAAAGGUCACGUUGCCUACAACGUUCGCACACGAUCUCUCUCUCUCCUUUCCGAAUUUUUCUACCGAUUUCCAGGUGGAGCAGAUCACGGCCGAGUACAGAGUGCUCGCGCUUCAGUACCACCCGGACAAGAACGAAGGCGACAAGGAGGCAGAACGAAAAUUCCAGCAACUCAAGCACGCGAAAGAGGUCCUCUGCGACCCCGAGAAGAGGAAUAACUACGACAAAUGGAGACACAGUGGCAUCGCCAUCAGCUACAAGCAGUGGGUCGGCAUGAAGGAUCAGGUGCACCAGUCGAUGCACUGGAGCACGCCGAAGACGAAGGACCGGAUGCUGCCGGAGUCCGAGGGUGCGACCAGUUCCCCGGGGAAGGUGCAAGCACCCAACGCUCACAGGAGAGCCUCGGAGGGAGGCGCAAAUAUUUAUUACGGAGCGCGUCGCGACGUCGGAUGGAAUUCUGAACCACCCAGCGAAGUGGUGAACAAGUUCCGCAACUACGAGAUCUAAGCCGGUUUUCUAUCUCUUCAUUUAUUACGUCUAUUCCCUUAUUUUUUCGAAAUUCAACAGUCGAACGUACAGAUCGAUCCAGGCGGAUUUCACUGUCCAACCGAAAAAAAGCAACCAAUCUCCACCGAUGAUUUCCACGAUUAAUCAAAUUCUGAUCGUUCGAUUUUGUCAUCGCAUCUCGUUUCGUAUCUCGGGACGAGGAUGAACGAGAAAAUCGAUGUAAAAAGUAGCUACUGUGAAAUCCGGAGGGACUGGUUCGACGAGAAGUUAUAUAGAGAGCAAAUGACAGAGUCGGAGGUCCUAUUAGCAGAACAGAGGAAACUGGGAACUCGUUUCAAGUGGAAGAAACAACAAUUUUUCCUUGGCGUUUCCACUGAAUCGAGAGAACUCGGAGAGUUCCGUGAGAAGAGAGAGAGAAGAGAACUAAAUAUCGGUUGGGCGGUAGCUUCCAAUAGAGACGGUCGAGAGAGGAAAUUACAAAGGGAUUCACACGUAAGAGAAUAAUUAAUAAUCGUUUCUACAAUCGUUGCUCGCGUUGGAAUUUACUCGAGCGUUUCAAAUGUUUAUCGAACGUUUAAAUAAAGUUUUGCGUGGUUCGUACGAAAACCUCGGAGAAUCUAAAUCUUGUUCGAACGAGAUGGUCGAUUUCUGAACGAGUUCUCGCUUAAGUAAAUUCAUCGUCGAGCAGCUAGAUGAACUCGUUGUUUCUAGCAUUGAGUAUCCUUCGGUGAAACGCUCCAACAGUUUACACGGCCGCAGAUGUUUGAAUGUUUAAACGCGACGUAAAACGUUCGAGUAUAGUUUCGCCGUGGAGCAAACCGAUGACGGCGCACUUGUACCUGUGUCAAACGCAAAAUACAAUACGUAAUCGUUUGUUCUCGACCACGCUUGAACGUGAAACCACCCCUGAUAGAGUUGGCGUCGUCGCCCCUUGGACCCUUUCGCUCACGCCGGAGCCAGCUUCUCUCGCUCGGUCGUCCGUCGUUUUUUUAAAUCGGACAUUCGAUACAGAGAGAACCGUGCAACGAUUUACAUAUCAAAUAUUAGUGUUUGCUUUCGAUUAAACCGGGACUGAAAACGGGAACAAAGCACAGUGGAUCAACUUUGCGACGAACAAUCUACAGCAAGUACAAUUGUUCUGUUGAAAUUCGCGAUGAAAUUGUUCGAAUUUUCCACUUGACAGCGAAAGGGUCGCAGAAUUGCAUCGUUCGUUUAAAAAUUCCGAUCAGUUUUCCGAUUGAAAGGGUCAUCGUAAUUCGUCGACACGAACAAUUUCUGCACGUGCACUAUUUUUGUUUCACCGUUUCAUCGUUUGGUUUCCGUAAAUUUUUCGUAAAUGCACCGCGCGUCGUCGUUCAUUGAGACACAUAGUCAGUAACGGGCGGCUGCCAAAAAUAGUAGCCGACUCGUUUGUAUCGAUGUGACCUUUUCGAUAUUAAUUGUAAGGCUUGAAACGAUCCUGAAAAUGUAUUUUCGUCCCUACCGAUUCACUGACACGUCGAUAGCGUCGUUCCAACAGUUAUACGGGUACGCGAAUCAGCAAACGAGGAACCAACUACUUAGAGAUCGUAUCGGAAACAAAUGCAAUUCGUGCACUAUCGACGUUGCCUCAUUGAUGGACUGCAGAUUUUUUAAACUAAACAGUUCGCUCUGCUGUUUAAAAGGCGGAACAAUAGCUGAAGUUCUCGGCGCAAUUAGUAAUAUUUUAUAUCGACACAAUUUCAGGUGAAAUCUCCAGUCUAUCAAUUAGUUUUACAUAGAGUAAGAAGAAAUUAUUCUAUACGUCAGAGAAUCGUACGAUUCUUCGACGUGAAUAAUAAUAAUCGAUUAGAAAGAGAGAAAGAAAAAAACGAUCGCUGAGAACAGAGAAUAGUCACACUACCCAUGCGUCUGUCUUAAAAAAAAAAAAAGUCUAACUCACUAUAUGGCUAUAUUUUUCUAGACACAUCGUACCUCCUAUAUAUUUAUUAUUUCUUCGAGAGCGAUCGACCUACGAACUAAAAAGAUCUCGUAACGGAUCUCUCCUUUCUUCCAGUCGUUUAAAUUAUUGUUCAUGCGUGGAUCAAUUAAAUUUAUGAAAACGACGGAGUCCUUCCUGUCCUUGAAAAUUAUCAACUCCGUCGCGCGCGUAAAAUACAGAUAAUAUAUGUAUGUACGAAUAUAAUAUAUAUAAAACGUAUAUUGUACUAAAAGAAAUAUGUAUAUCACUCGUCACGCGCUGGACGACGCGGCGACAUGUAUCUGUGCGAUUAAAGGUUCAAUAAAUGUGUUUAAUUAACAAGCUUA